AUGCAGUGCUACACUGAACUGAUCCCGCCUUCUGGCGUCACUCACGCUCUUGCAGCAUCAUUCACUUCAGCCAAGGCCGACAACCUCAUUGUUGCACGGACAUCCCUGCUCCAGAUCUUCCACUGCACGCACAUCAACCAUGGACAGGAAACCAAGCUUGUCCUGGUGGCCCAAUACAAUCUUGCUGGCACUGUCACCUCACUAGGCCGAGUCAAGCUCCCCGACUCCAGGAGUGGCGGAGAUGCCGUGCUCGUCGCCUUCAGGGAUGCUAAACUGAGUUUGGUUGAAUGGGAUCCCACACUGCAUAGCAUAUCUACCCUGUCAAUACAUUACUACGAACAUCUUGAUCUACAGUCUAUCCCAUGGCAGCCUGAUCUGUCGAAAUGUGUCAAUCAUUUGACAAUUGACCCAUCAAGUAGAUGUGCCGCUUUCAACUUCGGCGUCAGUAACCUCGCCAUCAUUCCCUUCCAUCAGGCUGGGGACGAGUUGGCGAUUGAUGAUUUCGACGAGCUUGAUGAUGAAGCCAGGGAACGACAUUCUCCAACCAAACACAAUGAGAUGCAACACGACAGCCCGGAUACACCAUUCGCCCCAUCGUUUGUUCUACCGCUCACUGUCCUCGAUCCCGGCCUUCUGCAUCCCAUCGAUAUCGCCUUCCUCCACGAAUACCGAGACCCUACCAUCGGCAUACUGUAUUCAACUGCUGCUCGUUCGUCCAACAUGAGUCCAGAACGGCGGGAUGUCACUAUUUAUGCCGUCUAUGCCCUCGAUCUUGAGCAAAAAGCCUCGACCACAUUGCAAUCGGUCCAGAGGCUGCCGAAUGACCUUUACCGGAUCGUGCCACUUCCGCCGCCCGUUGGAGGGGCCUUGCUGAUUGGCGGCAAUGAAUUGAUACACGUCGAUCAGAGCGGAAAGACCAAUGCAAUUGCAGUUAACGAAUUUGCCAAAGAUGCAUCUUCCUUCUCGAUGGCCGAUCACUCCGACUACUGGCUGAAAUUGGAGGGCUGCCAGAUCGAACAUCUGGGAACCGCCAACGGUGACAUGCUGGUCAUUCUGAAGACUGGAGAGCUUGGUCUUUUGACCUUCCGAAUGGAUGGCCGCUCCGUGUCUAGCAUGGCUCUUCGCCGGGUUGGCGAAGCUCAGUCGCACGGGAUAGUGUUGGGGGCUGCAUCAUGCAGCGCGAAUCUAGGUGCGCACCGCCUGUUUAUUGGCAGUGAAGAAUGUGACUCGAUUUUACUUGCCACCGGCAAAAAGCCCAUGCAGGUCAAGCGGACAAUGUCACGAGCUCAGAAUCAGGCCGAUGGCGAAGAGCUGGAAGACGUCAUUGAUGAGGAGGGUGGUGACGACGAGGAUGAUCUUUAUGCCGAACUGGCUGAUGAAGCCAAUGGGAAUUCGUCAACAGAUGUUAGCGGCCAGACUUUCCGGCUUCUGGACCGCCUGCCAUGCAUAGCACCCAUUAACGAUAUGGCCAUGGCAAAUGUGGGAAAGCGCAAACGUGUCGACACAGAUGAGGCAGACCAGGAACUGGCCGUUGCUUACGGACGCGGUCAGGGAGGAGGAUUAGCCCUACUGUCCAAGUUUCUCAAGCCGAGGAUCAACAAACGAAUCAAGUAUGAGAAUGCGGUUGGCUUGUGGUGCUUCAGCUCCGGCGAGAAAGACCAGCGUGGCAAAGGCCGCGGAGAUUAUGACGACCUUGUGAUGAUCUCCGAGAAGACCAGCGAUGGUGCCGGAAAGUCAGCUCUAUAUCGGCUCGUCGAUGGAGACUUGACUCCCAUUGGCGAUUCUGAGUUCGAUGAGUUGGCGGGCUCAGCUGUUGCUGUUUUCAAGCUAAAUGCAACCAAUCACACUGUACAAGUUUUGCAUACAGAGGUCCGGGUUUACGAUGCCGGCUUUGCAUUGUCACAAAUCUUCCCGAUCGUCGACGAAGAAGAAGGUCGCAUGGCCAAAGCAGUUAGGGUCAGCUUUGCCGAGCCGUAUCUGGCGCUGGUUAAAGACGACGGGACCAUGACUCUCCUCAAGGCGGACAAAGCAGGGGAACUCGACGAGGUGGAAAUACCAGAAUCCCUCAAGACGGAGUCGAUCCUCUCUGCGACGCUUUACCUGGAUACUCAAGAUUUCUUCCAAACGUCCCGAUUCUACGACACCGCGGUUUCACCAGGUCUGAUGAUGACUGUUUUGACGACAGAAGGCCAUCUUGUUUUACUGUCACUACCGAACAUCGACAUCCAAGUGUUCCAAUGUGAUAGCUUACCGUUUCUCCCCACUUACUUAAUGCAGGAUCUGCAACUGCCCAAACACUGGAGAAGCAAAGAUGAGCUUGCGGAGGUGUUGCUGGCAGAUCUUGGAAAUAGCACCAAUCGCCGACCUUUUUUGGUGGUUCGGAACGCGACGGGUGAUGUCGUUGUUUAUGAACCCUUUGCCGUGCCUGAUGUGGUGGGAAGCUAUCGGUUCAAAAAAGUCAUGACCAAGGCGGCCAGGAGCGCCGAGUAUAGCGGAGAGGCAGGUGAUCGGUUGUCAAUGCCACCUAUGCAAGUCAUGGCCAAUAUAGCGGGCCACGCCUCGGUGUUCGUCCCUGGUCGACAUCCGUCCCUGAUUAUCCGAGAAGCAUCGACACUACCGCAUGUCUAUGAAUUGGCCACCGAAAACAUCAAAUCCAUUGGCGGUGUCCAUGUGGAGGCAUGCCAGCAUGGGUUAGUCUUCGUUGACGACAACGAUGAGAUUACACUUUGCGAGAUUCCCGAAUCGACAGUUCUGGGCUUGUCAGACUGGGUCAUUAAGAGGGUUCCACUGGGCCAGGACAUCACCUCUGUGGCAUAUUUUACGCCCACCAAUUCAUAUGUUCUGGCCACCAACUACCCGACUGAAUUCGAGCUUCCGCGAGACGAUGAAUGGCAUCCCGAAUGGCAGAACGAAGCAACCAAGUUCCUGCCUACCACCAUCCAAAGCAGCCUCAAACUGGUCAGCGCAAAGAGCUACUCGAUCAUCAGUCAGUACCACUUUGACGCCAGUGAGAGGAUCCUCUGUGUGCAGUGUCUCAAUCUGGAAGUUUCGGAAGAAACCCAUGAGCGAAAAGACCUGAUUGUUGUUGGGACGGCGGUCGUCAAAGGAGAAAACGUCACCACCCGCGGCAACCUUUACAUCUUCGAUGUGGUGGACGUGGUUCCGCAACCAGACGUGCCGGAGAGUGACCUCAAGCUCAAGCUGAUAACCAAGGAAGAGCUGCGCGGGGCAGUCAGCGCGGUGUGUGACAUCGGCUCUCAAGGAUUCGUUUUGGCGGCGCAGGGCCAGAAAUGCAUGGUCCGAGGGUUGAAAGAAGACAUGUCUAUCCUGCCAGUGGCGUUCUUGGACAUGCGAUACUACGUGCAUGUCGCCAGAGAGUUGCCGGGAACAGGCUUGUGCAUUCUGGGCGAUGCCUUUUCUGGGCUCUGGCUGGUGGGAUAUUCCGAGGAACCGUAUAAACUUCAGGUGCUGGGGCGUGAUCUGGAGAACCCAGCAGUCCUGGCCGCAGAAUUCCUCCCCGACGGAAAACAGCUGUUUAUCAUUUCCGCCGGCGACGACGGGCUGCUACGAGUUUUGCAAUUCGAUCCGGAGAAUCCAAAGGCCGAGCGCGGUACCAAGCUGCUGCUCCGAAGCACAUUCAACACCGGCGCUGCGCCGACCAAGAUGGUCCUGCUUCCGCCGCAGCCGGUGCCCAGCAAUCAACGAGAUCUUGAUAUGGACAUGGACGUGGAUGGUGUCGAGGCUGUGGGAGUAGAGGAACGUCAUCGCAUCUUGAUGAGUACGCAAGAAGGCUCUCUGUGCAUGCUCACGCCUCUCUCCGAAGCCAGCUAUCGACGGCUAUCGACCUUGCAAAACACGCUUGUCACCACUUUGGACUUCCACGCGUGCAGUCUGAAUCCGCGCGCCUACAGACAAAUCGAGACAGACGGGAUCGGAGGCCGAGGCAUCAUUGACGGCAACUUGGUCCAACGGUGGUGGGAGACCAGUACGCAACAGAGGGUGGCGAGUGCCGACAAGGCCGGGGCGAGUGUUUGGGAAGUACGAGCGGACAUGGAUUUGAUCAGUGGCCGCGAAUUGGGAUUCUAG